AUGAACGUGCUCAGUAUGCGUAGGCAGAUUGACAAGCUUUGGACCAACGUGAAGUGUCUGGGGAUAAAACAUCGGUUUCAAGCGGACAUUAGCAGGACUAGGAAACUUCUGGACAAUCACGACUGGCUGUCGAGCCUCAGCGCAAUUGAUCUGAUGCGAAACCUAGGAUCAGGCAUGCGGCUUGGUUCUUUACUUGCUCGAGACUCAGUAAAGGUGCGCAUGGAAAAUGGCGAAGGCAUGGCGUUCUCCGAAUUCAGCUACCCAUUGUUUCAAGCAUACGAUUGGUGGCAUAUGUACAACAAGCACGGUGUACAGCUUCAGCUUGGUGGUUCUGAUCAGUACGGCAACCUUUGUGCUGGCAUGGAUGCCGUGAGCCACAUGCGCAAGAUCCGCGGGGACCAGCAAGUGGGAACGGAUAAUGACAUGCUGAAUGCGACUUUCGGCCUUGCAACACCACUACUAACGACAGCUUCGGGCGAGAAAUUCGGGAAAAGCGCUGGCAAUGCUGUGUGGCUAGAUAAGCAGAUGAUGAACUCAUUCGACCUCUACCAGUACUUCCUCCGGACUGCGGACAAUGAUGUCGAACGCUACCUCAAGCUAUUCACCUUCUUGCCCAUCCAACACAUUGACCUCGUCAUGGAGAACCAACGGCAGGACGAAUCGAAGCGCACUGCUCAACACAUUCUCGCUAAAGAAGUCGUGGAACUAGCUCAUGGAGCUGAAGACGCAAAGAAGGCCGAAGCUGCGCAUAAGGAGGCUUUCAGCCAAGGCACACAUACGUUCUCACUCUCAGGACUCAGAAGAACUCUUGAAAUGAUCUCGAAACAGGACCAGAUGGACAACGUUGACGUGAACGAACUUGAGCUUCUGGCAUACAAGAAGGCAUAUGCUUGUUCUCCGCAAGCGACUACAGGCACUACCACAGAAGAUUCCAAAAAGGACGCCUCGAAUGUGGUAACUCUGCCGCUAUCACUCCUCGCGGAAGGCUCAUUUCCACGCGUGCUGCACGCUGCUGGGCUUGUUAGCUCGAAGAGCGAAGGCCACCGUCUGAUAGCUAAGAGGGGUGCAUAUGUGGUCCUACCUAAUUCCGGAUCGGUAGAGAACCCGUAUGGUCUGAAGUGGGAACAAAUUCCCGAGGCCAUCAGCACGACUGAUCCUAACCAUUAUCUACUUGAUUGGGAGGCGCUGGUCAUACGAUCUGGUAAGUCGAAGAUACAGGUAUGUCGCAUCGUCACCGAGGAGCAAUUCGAAAACGAGGGCCUUACAUGUCCUGGGUGGGAAGAGUUCAAAGCGAGGCGAGCAGGAGCUGGCGAACAGGCGCAAUAG